AUGGAAAGCGGGACGACGGGAUAUAGAACGGUACCCGACCUGGUGGAAAACAACAACAGUGGCACAGGAACUCAAAACAACAACUCCGGGGCGGGCAGGCAGUACAACGCGCACACCAUCACCAUUGUCAGCGAGAAAGAUAGUAGCUUUCUUGCCGACCUGCGAGUCACCGAUCCGCGCGACGACAAGAGUCGCAUCGAACGCACAAAAGGCGGCCUCCUACGCGAUGUCUACCGCUGGAUCCUCGACCACGACGACUACCAGCGAUGGCGAGCGGGGUCUGACAAUCGGUUGCUUUGGAUCAAGGGCGACCCCGGAAAGGGGAAGACGAUGCUCUUGUGCGGCAUCAUCGAUGAGCUGAAGAAGGACGGAUGCGACCCAGCCUACUUUUUCUGUCAAGCUACGGAUUUUCGCCUCAACACCGCGACUGGGGUACUUCGCGGGCUCCUCUACCUUCUACUCAUCGACCAGCCGUCUCUUGUCGGCCGCUUGCGGGGAAAGCAUGAUCAUGCAGGAAAGCGAUUGUUUGAGGAUGCCAAUACGUGGGACGUGCUGUGCGAAAUGAUCAUGAGCAUAUUGCGUGAUGGAACCCUCCCAGAUGUCGUUCUGGCCAUCGACGCACUGGACGAGUGCAUAGUGGAACUUCCUCAGCUUCUCGACUUCAUCGUCAAGCUGUCUUCAACCCCCGUCAAAAUCAUUGUCACAAGUCGUAACUGGCCAGAGAUUGAUUAUGGCUUGGCACCCGAUGCUCAAACCUCACAAAUCUGCCUGGAACUGAACGAACGGUCGGUCUCAGCAGCUGUGCUCCAUUACAUCAGUUACAAGGUGAACGAGCUGGCGCGCAGGAAAAGAUAUGACGACGCAACACGAGCCCAGGUCCACGCCUACUUAACGUCGAAAGCAGACGGCACCUUCCUCUGGGUUGCUUUGGUCUACGAGCAGCUUGCAGGCAUACAAGUCCUUAAAAGACAUAUGGAAACGAAAUUGAAAGAGUUCCCAGCCGGACUGAACGCGCUAUACGAGCGAAUGUUGGGCCACGUUCUCGGCUCUCUCGACGCAGACUUGUGCAAGCAAAUCCUUUCAAUUGUUUCCACUGUGUAUCGUCCGGUUGGGUUUUCGGAACUAGCAGCUCUUGUUGAGUCGACAGACAAUUUCCUCGAUAACCCAGAUUCCUUCAGAGAGGUUGUGGAGCAAUGUGGUUCUUUUCUAACAGUGAAAGAAGACGUCGUGUUCUUCAUACACCAAUCAGCUAAAGACUUCCUGCUUGGAGAUGUAACAAGGAGACUAUCAACCUCGGUCAUCCGUCAAGAUCACAUAUUCAUUUUGUCGCAAUCUCUCCAUGUUAUGUCGAGGACACUGAAGCGCGACAUCUAUGAUCUCAAAGCACCAGGAAUUGAGAUCGACAAAGUACGCGCGCCCGCUCCUGAUCCUCUGGCACCGAUUCGAUACGCCUGUACAUACUGGGUUGAUCAUCUCCUUGCAGGAGGAUGGGUCCCACAGGAAAUGCAGAGCGACGUUCAGUCGUUCUUGGAAAAGCAUUUCCUUCAUUGGGUGGAGGCAACCAGCUUGCUUCGAGUCGUACACCCGGUGAUAUCGUGUAUGUUCAGACUUAUGUGUACAAUUCAGGCACCGGCAAGGUUGUCGGAGCUACAUCGACUAGUUAGCGACGCGCUGCAAUUCUUGCGGUAUCACCGGGCGCGUAUCGAGAAGGCUCCUCUGCAGACCUACUGCUCCGCGCUCAUUUUUAGUCCCGAAAGUAGCAUCAUACGACAGAUCUUUGAACACGAGCUGCCCAAAUGGGUUCUCACGAAGCCCUUGGUCAAAGACGUGUGGGAUUCAUGCGAGCUGACGCUCAUGGAUAGCAUGCAUGACAUCACCUCGGUGGUUUUCUCCCCUGAUGGCAGUAUGCUCGCCUCUACCUCCGAUAUUGGAGGCGUGAAGUUAUGGGAUACAGUAACAGGAGAGUGCUUAGUAACAUGGAACGAAGGAUGGUUUUCGGUUCACUCUGUCGACUUUGCGCCUGACGGGGCAACGCUCGCAGCCGCACCUGGAGACAACACGGUCAAGAUCUGGGCGGUCAAGGGCCAGGACUUGAAGACAUUGCUGGGCCAUACCGAGACGGUCCUUUCAGUUUCUUUCUCUAGGACAGGAAGACGGCUCGCGUCAGCAUCCUCUGACGGGACCAUAAAGCUCUGGGAUACUACGACAUACCGCCUCUUGUGGACGCUUGCCGGCCACGAACAAGCGGUUAAUAGCGUCGUCUUCUCUGCCAAUGGGGCCACUGUAGCGUCAGCUUCCGAUGAUUCGACUGUAAAAGUUUGGAGUUCGAGCACAGGCGCAUGCCUGCGUACGUUUGAGGGCCAUGGGCAGAAAGUCCACUCCGUGGCCUUUGUGGCCGAUGGCAGUCACCUCGCAUCGACCUCGAACUUUGGGUCUGGUGUCGUCAAGUUCUGGAAUCUUUCGAGGGGCCAGUAUGUGAGAACAGUCGACGGCGAUUCCUUCAUAAGUGUGUUCACUCUCAGAGACGGCAUGCGAUAUGUUUGUGACUGGCGCUGCAAGCCCUUGGUCGAGUUGCGAGACUCGAACACGCACCGCAUCUUGCGGGACCUCUCUGGUCUUGAAAUUGACAUCGGGUGCAUGGACGUGUCGGCCGACAACACGCUGCUUGCAUCGGCUUAUGGUGACUUUGCGAUCAGGCUUUGGAAUCUGAAUACGAUUCAUUGGCAGCAGCCCGUCGACCGCCCCGAGGGGGAGGGGACGACGCCCCGCCCUUCCCUCGCUCGCCACCGGGAUGUUGUAUCAGUCGCCCUCUCGCAUAGUGGUCGGCAGUUCGCAUCGCUCUCGAAUGGAGAAAGCAACGUCGGGGUCUGGGACUGCGAGUCAGGGCGGCUCGUCCGCGUGCUCCAGGUUCCCUCAACUCUCCCCAGGGAAUCCGGGUGGAGCGCGGUCGCCUUCUUGUGUGAAACAAGAAUCGUUGUUGCCCAAUAUGGAUGGUCUACUAAAGAUGCUUACGUCUGGGAUCUGGCGCAGGAUUCAUGUCUCCUGACGCUGAAGCACGUAUCAGAACGACAUUUCUACUUUGAUACGAUGGCCUUCUCGCACGACGGCGCCCUUCUCGCGACGGCGUAUACGUCUCGUAUGUGUCCCGAGAUUUGUGUCUGGAACGCGGUCACGGGCCAAUGCAUAGCCACUCUCACUGCACCUGGGUGUGUCGGCUAUCUGAGGUGGUCGGAAUGUGGACGGCGGGUUUACACCAGCACUCACGUCAUCGACAUAACCAAGCUGAUUGAUCUGGCCCAUUCGCCAACACCGAUGGCUGCUACUGGUAUCCAUACGCUAGACGACCAAACCUUGAUUACGGAGGAGGGUGCUGAAUGGAUAUGGAGAGCUAAUGGAGAAAAGAUUAUCUGGUUUCCUGAGGAGUAUCGGGUGCAGAGGUGCGCCAUCCAGGGGUCUUUGGUAGCUCUGUGUUAUGGAGGAGACCGGGUUAUCUUUCUGAGACUCUCAGACUCGGCUGGCCUCUAG